AUUUACAUAUCCCUAGUUACGACAAACACACUCUUGAGUUCGUUAUUCCGUGUUGGUAAAUUUUUGUGACCAAAUUCAAUCCAUAGUUUAAGUUGAUUAAAAACUUCAUAUAUGGGCAAGAAAACUUUGGAAUUUACUUAUUAUUUAUAUGAGAUCGAUUAAGCAUGAGCAGAACAAGUAUUGAGAUUUAAUACCCCCUCCAAAAAAAAAAAGGAAUAGAACGAGUAAACAAAACCCAGCUAUCGUUGCAGUCUAUUGAUCGAUAAAGAUCAACAUCAUGGCUUCACGUAAGGGAAAAAGAAAUUUGAGAAUUACAAUGUCAGAGGAGGCAGCGGUUCCGUUAACUCCCCCGAGAAACUUGGAUAAACGAACGACCAUAACUAUUGGUGAAAAAACGUUCAAUGUCGAAGCUGACGAUCUCGAAGUCUUGUGCGUUCUUGGACGCGGAGCAUACGGCGUUGUGGAGAAGAUGAAGCAUAAACAAAGUGGUACAAUAAUGGCUGUUAAGAGAAUAACAGCGACGGUAAAUACACAAGAACAAAAAAGAUUGCUGAUGGACCUUGACGUUUCUAUGCGAAGUUCGGCCUGUCCGUACACAGUACAGUUUUACGGUGCUUUAUUUAGGGAAGGUGAUGUUUGGAUAUGUAUGGAAGUAAUGGACAUGAGUUUAGACAAGUUUUAUAUAAACGUUUACGAACAUGGGCGAUCGAUUCCCGAAGAUAUACUUGGAAAAAUAGCUUUCGCUGUAGUUAGCGCACUUCACUAUCUUUACUCACAGCUACGCGUUAUACACAGGGAUGUAAAGCCGAGUAAUAUAUUGAUAAAUCAAAAAGGAGAGGUGAAGAUCUGUGAUUUUGGGAUAUCAGGUUAUCUCGUAGAUUCGGUAGCAAAAACCAUAGAUGCUGGCUGCAAACCGUAUAUGGCGCCAGAAAGGAUAGACCCAACAGGUAAUCCUUCGCAGUAUGACAUACGCUCAGACGUUUGGUCGCUAGGAAUAUCCCUCGUUGAACUGGCGAUGGGAAAAUUUCCUUAUGCCUCGUGGGGUACUCCGUUUGAACAACUAAAGCAGGUUGUUAAAGAUGACGCUCCAAAAUUGCCUCCUGGUAAAUUUUCUUCAGACUUUGAGGAAUUUAUAAACAAGUGCCUAAUGAAGGACUACACUGCCCGGCCUAAUUAUAAUCAAUUAUUGGAAUUUAGUUUCUUACAAGCACACGCUGCUAAGGAUACAGAUGUAGCAGCUUUCGUUGGUGAAAUUUUGAGAUUGACAGAUUCAGAAAGACCUGUUUAAUAGACGUAAAGACCGUUGCGUUCAUCAUUCACUUUUUCACAAAAAUCAAUAUCCGAAUCACAGGUGUAUCUUAUUAUACAUAUUGGAUUGUUAAUAAGUUGGAUAGCUCAUUGUACUCUAUGAAUUUCACAUUAAUUAUUUCUUCUUUUUUCUUUCUCUCACUUUUUUUCAGUGUGUGUUCGUUUUGUGUAUUAGGUAGAUAUACAUAUGCAUCAGUAAUCAAAUUUAUCAGUUUGCAGUAAUGACAUUAAUUAAAACGUCUUCGUUAUAUUUAGAAUUAUAGAUACACACUUAUGUAGUGUUGUAUAUAUAUUAUUAUUUUUUUUUCUCGCAUAAUCACGAUUAUAGAAUCAAACGCGGUUUUUGUACAUAGAUGAAACAUUGCUUCCAGUAAUUAUUUAUAAUAGCGACAAAAUGGUUUUUAUCACAUCAUAAAUAAAGUUUUUCGAUAUCUUCAUUGAGAAUGAAAUAAUUUUCAUUCACUUUCAUCAAAUAUUCUAAUCCAUUAAUUAAUUCAAAAAUUAAUAACGGUACUAAAUUAAAUUCUUAACAGAGAUUAUUGGUUUCUAUUUUGGAAACUUUACUACAUCAAAAUAUAUGACGCGAGUAAAGCGAUGCCAAGAGCGCUAAUGCGCUAAUUGUCAAGUUUUUUAAAGUCUUUCCGUACGCUUCUUUUUUAACGUUUCUCCUUAAACGAAGUGAUACGCGGAAUUGUUAUCAGAUUUAAUGUUAGAA